AUGGGAGAUUAUGAGAGCCUAGCAGGCUUGAGCCUGUCUCCAGCCUGUGGAGACCUCAACCCCAAUCCUGCAUCAUAUGAGAAGUUGUAUAAGAGGAGGCUAAGGAACACCCAGAAAUCUCACAACUGCCAGAGAUUCAGAAGUUUUUCUAAGGAUGAGACUCACCCAUAUCAGAGCAGGGAAAAAGAAAACUCAGCACUCUUCUUUCUUAUGGUCAAUAUUUACACAGUAUAUGAAUUUUCCAUCAUCUUGCUUCCAACUGUUCUUUGUCUUUGUGUACUAGACAGCCUACAGCUCCGCCUGGGGGACGGAGGCCAUCGCUGUGAGGGCAGAGUGGAGAUCCUUUACCAGGGCUCCUGGGGCACCAUCUGUGAUGACUACUGGGACCUGAAUGAUGCUCAGGUGGUGUGCAGGCAGAUGGGUUGUGGAGAAGCCAUAGAAGCCUUGAGUUUGGCAUUCUUUGGGUCUGGCACAGGGCUCAUCUUGCUGGAUGAAGUGGAGUGUACAGGAAAGGAAACCCAUGUGUGGCAGUGCCCCUCCAAGGGCUGGAAGAAGCACGACUGCGUUCACAGGGAGGAUGCCGGAGUAAGUUGCUCAGGAUCUGUACGUCUGAAUGGAGGGAAUGCCCCCUGCUCAGGCCAAGUGGAAAUGUAUUCUGGAGGAGUCUGGCUGCCAGUGUCUGGUGGGAACUUCACCUUCCCCACAGCCCAGGUCAUCUGUGCAGAACUGGGAUGUGGCAAGGCUGCAUCUGUCCUGGGGAACGUGCCCUUCAAAAAAGCCAAUGGGCAGGUCUGGGCUGAAGAGUUCAGGUGUGAGGGGCAGGAGCCUGGGCUCCAGUUCUGCCCCAGAGUGCCCUGUCUGGGGAACAAGUGCCACCACAAGGGGGCUGUUCAAGUUGUCUGUUCAGCAUACUCAGAAGUCCGUCUCAUGAAAAAUGGCAUCUCUCAGUGUGAAGGCCAAGUGGAGGUACGUGUUUCUGGACUCUGGAGAACACUCUGUGCCUCUCACUGGACUAUGGCCAAUGCCAACGUUGUCUGCCAUCAGCUUGGCUGUGGAGCUGCCAUCUCUGCCCCAAAGGGUGCUUACUUUGUGGAAGGUGGUGAUCAGAUGUGGAAAGCCUGGUUUCACUGUUCGGGGGUCGAGUCCCUCCUGGGGAAUUGCCCUGUGACUGCCCUGGGCAUUCCUGACUGUAGAUCUGAAAACACAGCCUUUGUGGUCUGCUCAGGAAACCAGACUCAGGUGCUGACCCCGUGUAAUGACUCUGUAUCUGAACCACUGAUUUCUGCAGUCUCCAUAGAGGGCACUGUCAAUUGUUCAGAAAACCUACAACUCCGCCUGGUAGGUGGAGGCCAUCCCUGUGCAGGUAGAGUGGAGAUCCUUUACCAAGGAACCUGGGGCACCAUCUGUGAUGACAGCUGGGACCUGAGUGAUGCCUAUGUGGUGUGCAGACAGCUGGGCUGUGGAGAAGCCCUCACCGCCACCACAUCUGCUCACUUUGGAGUGGGGUCAGGGCCUAUCUGGCUGGACAACCUGAAUUGCACAGGAAAUGAGUCCCACAUAUGGAGGUGCCCUUCCUGGGGCUGGAUGAAGCAUGACUGCAGGCACAAGGAGGAUGCAGGGGUCAUCUGCUCAGAGUUCCUAGCCCUUAGGAUGGUCAGUGAUGACGAGGAGUGUGCUGGGUGGCUGGAAGUUUUCUACAAUGGCACUUGGGGCAGUGUCUGCAACACCAUAGAUGAUAUGACCUUGUCCAGGAUCUGCACACAUCUUGACUGUGGGGAUUUUGGAUUCCUUAACUCUUCCAUUGCUUAUAGGGAAGGUUCUAGACUCAAGUGGGUAGAUGGUAUCCAGUGUCGGAAAACUGAUACUUCUUUCUGGCAAUGCCCUUCUGAUCCUUGGAAAUACAAUUCAUGCUAUUCAAGAGAGGAAGCUUACAUCACUUGUGCAGGAAAGAAACCCAAGAGCUGUCCAACUGCUGCCCCUUGCACAGACAGGGAGAAGCUCCGGCUCCGAGGAGGUGACACCCAGUGCUCAGGAAGAGUGGAAGUCUGGCACAAUGGCUCCUGGGGCACCGUGUGUGAUGACUCCUGGAGCCUGGCAGAGGCCGAGGUGGUGUGUCAGCAGCUGGGCUGUGGCUCAGCACUCGAGGCCCUGGAGGCCGGGGCAUUUGGCCCUGGAACUGGGAGCAUCUGGCUGGACCAGGUGCAGUGCAGGGGCAGGGAGUCCUCCCUGUGGGCCUGUGCUGCCAAGCCCUGGGGGCAACACGAUUGCAAGCAUGAGGAGGAUGCUGGGGUGAGGUGCUCAGCCCCUGGCCCUGGCUUCUUCUCCCUGCCUUGGAUCAUCUGCAUCAUCCUAGGUGCCCUUCUUUUCCUGGUCCUUGUCAUUCUGGGGGGUCAGCUGCACAGAUGGAGAGCACAGCACCAAGACUUGUCUGACUUUGAAGACACUGUUCCUGAAGCCUUGUACCAGGAGAUUGAUGACUUCAUAAAACCAAAAGCAGAGGACCUGUGUGACAGUCUAGGACACCCAUCUGAUGGCUCAGUAGUUGAACUACCCUAUUACACAGGGGACAAUGGAGAAGACAGGUACCCUGAAGCUGCCCCAGAGCCUCCAGGAGACUAUGUCACUGACACAGAGAACAGUUAUGAUGAUGCACAGGAGUUGUCUGUUCCUCAAGUUCCUUCUCCCUCUUGGAUGAAGCAUGAAGAUUAUUAUUUCUCAGCGGUGGGAGGUGGAAUCAGACGUUUCCAGGAAGAGGACUCUGUUCACUUUGUCAUGAUGGAAACCAGGAUUCUCCUUAUUGUUUCAAGCAUCUUUCUGCAAUAUCCUAGAGAAACUAUAAACUCCAGCCUGGAAGAAAAAGAAGUCUCGCUGGUCCUAAGACAGGAAGACCUGGGAUACGACAAUAUUGAACUUAACACCAUUUAGUGCCAUUUUUUGGAGCAAGAAACUCCUCAAAGAAGCCUCUGUGAAAACUGCUUACCAAACAGAAAGGAUUGUGUGUACUUUAAUACUGCAAAGUUAUUGAAUAUUACUAUGAUAAAAGGGAAUUGUUUAUAAUAAAUACCCAAAAUUUCACAAACAAGUAGUACUCUCUUAAUAAUCUAUGUACAUUCACCAAAACUGACUUUGAAAUCUCAGUCUUCAAUCAUAAUAAGCUCCU